AUGUUUUUAAUUUUUUUUAUACCUUUUGCAAUAGCUUUGUAAUGCACUCUUUUUGGUGAGGAUUUUCUCAAAAUAGUGGGAUAGAAAGAUGAAAACUUACACUUUCCAAUAAUGACUGCUUUUCAAGAUUGGAGUGAAUUUUCUGAAUACGAGUUAAUAGAUUCAAAUAAAAAGACUUAAUUAAUAAAACCUAUAGAAUAUUUAGAUAGUGGACCUAUAGAUAUAACAACAUGUAAGUAUUUUUAAAUAUGAAUAGAGGAUUUCAAAAUUAUUUAAUUCCAUGGAGUUCGACCAAGGGAGAACUUCUGGUUAAACUAAUAUGGGAUAUUGAGAAUUAUGAACAACUAAUAUUAAUUGAUAUAUAGUUUUCAUUAAUGGCAUAGUAACGAAGACAGAAUACCAAAGUUUGAUAUGUAAAUAGAUAUAGGCUCUAUUGACGAUAUAAAAUGCUUUGAUUUUGUUUGGAUGACAAGUGAUUCCCUAUUAAUUGAUUGUUUCAAUAUUAAUAAUGAAGAUGAAAAGAAUUAUUUUUAUUUCAUAGAAUUUGAUGAACAAAUCAUUAUAACAACAAAAUUAAUAAAUUUUUAUCCUUAUUCUGAUUAAGAACGAAGUCUAUAUCUUUAAAAUUAGUAUUUAUAUAGAGUAACUAAGAAGAACUUAAACAAUAAUUAAAAUUAAGUGGAAAUAUUUUAAUUUAAUUUUGAAACCCUUCAAAUCAAUUUAAUUACAACAAUAAACAGCUAAUUUUUUAUUGAUUAGAAUUUCACUUAAAAAUAUAAAGAUUAUGAUAAGAUGGAAAUUUUAGAUUUCAAAUGUAGUGAUACAUAUUAAUUUAGUUUUUUAGAUGAUUUCUCAAAUGUGAUUAAUUUAUUAUUUGCAUAUGACAGAUGGACAUUAAUAAUUUUCGAGAAUAAAUUCAAAAUUUAUUCUUUUGAUUUUGAAUUUAACUCUAAACAUCAUAUUUUAAUAGGAGAAUCAUUUUUAUACAAUUCAAGGUAUGAUGAUUCCAGACUGAACUUUUCUUUUAACACAACAAAUUACAAAGCAUAUUAUACAAAAGAUUUUAUUAAUUUAGUUUCUUCAGAAUCCAUCAUAUAAAUUGUAGGAAAUAAGAUUAAUUUCAUUAAGAAAGGUGAUUUUUCUAGAGUUUUGAUUGAUUCAAGCAAUAAUGUCAUAAUUUCAAUCUAAGAGAACAGAAUUUUAAGGUUUUUAAACUUAGAUAAUGUUUAAUUACUCUACCAUCCUGUUGAUGAUCAUGAUUUAGAAAUAUAUUAGGCAUAAGUAAAUUAUAAAGGCUGCAGUUUAAAUAUUGAAUAUUAAACUAUAGCAUCUGAUAGCUAAUAGUUGAUUUAGGUAAGAAAAGAUGAAUCUAUCUUUUUGAAACCCUUUUUUGCUUCUUCAAUCUAUUAAAUUAAUUAUUUUAAUUCUAUUAUUUAAGGACCAAAAAUUAGUAUAUCUAUUUUAGAUGAGUCAGAACGUGUCUAAGAAAAUUUUCACUUAUCUUAACCUCAAAAAAUUGCUAUAACUGGUGAAUCUAUUGAGGAUUAAAUUUUCCUAGAAAUUCUUGAAUUUCGUAAAAGUGAUGAAAAUAUCAUUAAAUUUAUGUUGAUAACAUAAGAUAAAUCAUUAUUACUCACUUUUCAAGUAUGUUAAUCCUUAAAUUUUUAAUUUGAUUGUUCAAAGGCCAAUUAAAUUUAAUUAGAUUUCUAAUUAACUAAAAAUAAUACUUCAAUUACUUUUCAAGUAAAUAAUUUUUAUAUUUUAAAUUUGAUAUCAUCAGAAAAAUUAUCAUUUCUUUAACUGGAUUUGCUUUAUUUUUAAAUUGAAGGCAAAAUUUUUCCAUUAGACAAAGAAUAGGAAAUUGAUUAACUAGGCUAUUUUUCACAUAACCUUAUCUUAUGUUCGUCAAAAUAAGAAGUAAUUUAUAUCUAUCAUUUAGUGAAUAAUAUGAUAUUAUAAAAUACAUUCUCAUCUAGAGAUUAUUAAUUUAUCAAGCCUACUAAAAUAUUUUAUUAAUAGUUUUAAGAAUCUUCAAAAAAAAUUAACUCAUUUUUUUUGUUUAAUAAAGAAGAUCAAUUAUUAGUAUAUAUUUAUGUAAGUUUUGACAUUCGUUACAUUUUAAAUCAAAUUUAAUUGAUUGAUGUUGAAGAUGUCAAAAUCCUAUUCUUAAAAAAUAAGAUUGCUUUAGUUUAGCAAAAAAAAGAUUUUUAAUGCGAGAUUUUAAUUUAUAAUGUGCAAAAUCAGUAUAAUAUAUUUUUGGAAAAGUCUAUUCCCUUAUAUUAGAAUAAAAUCGAUAAUUUAUAGAGCGUCGCCACGAGUAUUAAUCAUGAUGCCUUAUAUAUAAAAAGCUAAAAUAAAAUAUUGAUUUAUCUAGUUAACAGUCCUCGACAUAAUUCUUUAUUUUAAGAUAUAAUCGUUGAUUAAGAUGUGACUGAUUUAUUUGCCAUUUAAGAUCAUCUCAUUUUUAUAUAGAAAGAGAAAUUAAUCAUUUAUAGUGUUCAUACUAAACUAUUUUUCAGUUAUACAAUUAAAAUGCAGGAAGAUAUUUUUAUAUAGUCUUAAAAAUCUCUAAUUCAAUAUUCCAAUGAUGUUGAUAAAUUAAUCUUAAAAGAAAUAUUUCGAUUUAUUAAUAUGAAUACAUAAUUGUAAAUUUUUUAAGAAAAUUUCUAAAUUGAGACCAAAUUUAAUGAUGAGAUCUAAUUUAACACAAUUUAAGAUAUGGGGUCUAAUUGGUAUUCAGGACAAGUGAUUUCAUUUGAAUUAUUAAAUGAAAACCCUAUAAAAAAAAUUCAUUUGAUUUAACCUAUUAAUCAAAGUUAACUUAUAUUUUAUAAUAAUUCAAGAUAAGUCGAGGAUUUUGAUGAAAAUAAAUUAUUUGCUUUAUCAGAUUAUACUUAUAGUUUGAUAGAUAAGACAUCUGGAUAUCUUAUUAAAGAAUUUUAAUUUUUAGAUUAAAGUUUCUUAUGCUCAUAAAUUCUCUUUUUUUAAGAUUAAAAUUAUAUUGUAUCUUGUAUUAAAAAUACAGAAGUAAUGAUAUAUGGAAUUAUUUGUAAAAAUGAAGAAUGUUAGAACAGUUAAGGUCUACUAAUGAAUGGUUCUUUGACAAAAGUAUAUUUAUUUGAAAAAACAAUGUUUUGUAUAGGUUAAACUUUUAUGCUUUCUUUUGAAUUGUAAACAUCAAUAUUAGAAAUAGAUAAAUCAAUAUUAUUAGGUUAGAUUAUAAUAGAUAGUGCUUUAUUUUCAAAUACAAUGUUGAAAGUUAAAUCAAAUCAUUAUCAACUAUAUUAAUUAACUUUUUUUGGUUAAUUAGUUAUAAGAGAAUUUAAAAUAAAUGAUUAAGAGUUGAUUGAGUUUAAUGUUAUAGAUAAUAAUAUUCAGUAAUAUUUAAAUAAGGAUUAUUAUAUAGAUAAUUAAUUGGUAGAAAUAAUAAUCUUAUAAACAAGUUUUUAGAAUGAUUUAUUUUAAGGUAGUUUUAUAUUUUUUGCUAAGUAAGGGGCUCAUUUUGGAAUGAAAUAUAAUUUUACUUGUUUAGAAAUAGGAUGUAAAAUAGAAGAUUAAGAUGUUUUUUUGAUAAUUUAAGGUUAUGAAGACUUUUAAUUAUUGGAAAAGAAUAGUCCAAAAAUAAAAUUGAAAGAUGAUUUACUUUUAAUAUUAUAUUAGGAUUGGCAAAGUAAUUCAAAGUUUUUAGCAGCGUAUCGAAUUGCUAAGAUUUAUAAUAAAAAUUUACCAGUAAAAUUCUUUGGAACAAUUUAAUUUAAGGAUUAAUAUUAAAGAAUAGAAAAUUAAUUAAUAUCAUAUAAAUAAAAUAAAAAGGUAUGAAAACUAUGAUAAUAAAAUAGGAAUAUAUAUUAUUUAAUAAUUAUAACUAUACAAUAUUAACUCUUUAUGAAGUGAAUUAAUCACCGAGAUUAGUAUUCAAGGGAAUAAUGAAAAAGAGUGUUUAAUAGAUAUAAAUUUAGAAUCAUUUUUAGAGUGAACUUUUAAUGUUUAAUAUAGAAAUAGAUUAAGUUGAAAAAUCUUAUCUAUGGUUAUGGAUUUUAUUAGGAGUGAUAGGUGGAUUAUCAUUAAUUGGUAUUGGGAUUUACUUGUUUAAAAAGAAGAGAGGAUAAUAAUAGGAUAGAUUGAUUUGA